AAUGGCAAAGAGUAGCAGAGGAGUUGGGACUGCCCAGUAACAUCAAAGCUAGGAACAGCUUCCAUCCUGUGGCUGUAAUUUGACAGUCUGAAAGAGAUUUCUGAAGUGUUGCAGGUCAACUUCUGGGAAACAGCUGAGCUGUAACUAUUGCAAAACACACAGCCUAGCAACACAGGAACCCAGAACCCCAAUUCCAUGUUUCUGGGGAGAUGUUGAGUUUGCUUUCAGAUGUACUAAACUGUUAAUCCUCAUGGAAAUGCUCAUGGACGACUUCACAACUUUUCUCAAGAUUCAGAGACUUCACCCUUUGAAAUUCACUUACAAAAAACCUUUAAAAGGUGAACAUGAAAAAUCCAACUCUCUGGAUCAAGGCCAGCCUUUUCCCAGAGUUCCCAGACAAGAGCCCCUGUCAGACACGGAGAACUUUACUCACUCGUUGUCAUUAGACCCAUUCUUGGCAAAAGCAGCAAGAGAUACGCCUACUGAUGUGGUCAAAAUCACUGUGAAGGAGUUUGCUGAUGGCUACCUCAACAGGGCUGCUAUUUUCAAUAGCAUGGAUGAAAUAAUGACUGAAGUGGCCCAUGCAGAUUUGCCAAAACUAAUCCAAGAGGCACAACAAGAAUUGGAACAAGAGGAACUGCUGGAUGGGAUCAUCUUGUGUGUUGUUGAGGAGGAAGCCAAGGCCUUAAUUCAGACUGUCCUUGAUGAAUAUCAUUCUGAAAUGUUUAAACUGCAGAAGGGAGAGGUUGCUGUGUUUGCCGCUAAACAACUUAUUGAUAUAUUUCUCCUGGAGCGUGCGAUAGGGAAGAUGAGUUUGCAGGGCCCAAGGUUUUCUGGGAAGGAGCACUCAAGCACAAUUUUAGAUAAUUUUAUGUUUGAUAUUCUCCUUAAGCAGUUAUUUAGCAUUCAGCAGCAGCAGCGAGUUACCUCUGAAAACAUCCCCCUGGGAGAUUUCCAUCUGAAAGCUUUUACCGAGCUGGCUUUAGAUGUUAUCUUGACAGAGCUGAAUAAAGUGGUUGAGGAGGACAUGGAAGAUCUGCUGGAAUAUGAAAAGAAAGCUCAGGGUAUUUAACAGAAACAGAAGAGAGGAAAAGAGCACCUAAAUAAUGUAAGGCUUUUUGAUAUGCUUAUGUUUCAUUUCAGAGUAAUAUAUGUGAGUGUAACACUAUUUUAUAUUUACCUUGAUUCCCCAUGUGAUGCAAUAACAAACAGGAAAUGAGCAUAUCUGAACACAGAGUUUUAUUAAGAAUAAACCAUGUUUAAAUUA